AUGCAGGAAUACGACCAGAUCUACUACCCCGUGUUGUUCGCGAGCCGCACUCAGAAGUCGAAUGAGCUGAAUUAUGGCAUCGCGGAGAAGGAGGUACUAGCCCUCCUAAGGAUCCUGGAUCUUAACUACAAUGCAUUGGUUGGGCAUCCGAUCCACGUGUUGACCCGACACUCAACAUUGGCGUGGCUCUUCAGAUCCACGGCCCUACCAGGACGUCUAGGAGAAUGGGCUGCUCUGUUGUCGCCCUGGACUCUUGAGAUCACCAAGUGUGUCAAAGGAGAGGACGAGAUCUUGGGAUCAUUGGUGGCCAGUAUUACCACUAGAUCUGAAGUGAAUAAGGCAAUGAUCUCUAUUGCCCCCAAAAAGGAGCAAGACGCAAGAUCCAAGCUCCGAUCCCCACUAUUAGACGCGAUGAGGAGCUAUACGUCUUUCGAUGGACCAGCGCGUGUUAAGAGAGGUGGAGGUGCCUACAGCGCGAUCUUGUCGAAGAUGCCCGAAUGGAGGGUGCUGAAGGUUAGAUCUGGGUAUGCCGAGGGUUUGACGGUGAACGAGGCGGAAUACCAUGGGCUGUUGCUAUGUUUGGAUCUGUUGGAAGAUCUGGAUUCGCGACGUCUGGUGAUCUGCGGAGACGCUAACCUGGUGAUCCCACAAGUACGAGGUGAGAUCGAUUGUAAGGAACCGGGCCUGACACUAUUACGCCGGCGGGCUUUGGAUCGACUACGUACUUGGCCAGGUCAUGAGCUGUUACAUGUCAAAAGAGACUGGAACGGGAGUGCUGAUAGCUUAGCAAGCGCUGCUCUGCAACGAAAAUGUGGGAUCGAGUUGGAUGUGAUCUUGAUAGUGAAAAUCGAAGACGAGAUCACACAAAUAUCAGCCGUGACGACCCGAUCUAAGGCUAGAUCCGGACUGAGGAUCGAACGGGUCCGGCAAGCACAGGAUGAAGAGUCGUGGAUCCUAGGCUUGACGAAGUAUUUGGUUGGGGAGAUCCGGGAUCUGACACAAGAGGAUGCUAAGAUGUUUGGAUCUAUUGCCAUGAAUUAUGAAGUGGAUCCGUCGGAUCUGCUCUUCUACUGCCCGACUACUAAGGAAGCAGCUGCAGAUCGAGACAAGUUGAUGCGAAUGUUGAUACCUGAGACGCUUCAACAGGACAUUUUGCAUCACUAUCACACGAGCCUGCAUGGUGGUCAUCAAGGGAUCGGGCGUACCUACGAUCGGAUCCGCGAUCACUUUCACCGGAGAGGGCUGUACAAGAGUGUGCAGCGAUAUAUGGGAGAAUGUGUUGACUGUGAAACGGGCAAGGGGCGACCUCGGAUACAGGGUAAGUCGCCCGGUAACCUUCAGGCGACAUACCCAUUCCAGAUCAUUGCUAUGGAUCACAUACCUUCGCUGCCUAGACCCUUCAAUGGUAACACCAAAUUGCUGAUCUUCGCGGAUUAA